GGCACAGCCCACAAUUCCAUAAAAUUUACCAUCCCUGACACCAUAAAAAGCUACUACUACCUCACAAUAAUAAUAAUAAUAAUAAUAAUAAUAUUAAACAAUAUAAAGCAGAGCUAGAUAACUACUUUGAUAUACAUUACAUAUACUUGCCUACUCGCCCACACACACACACACACACACACACUCACACACACACCGUCACCAUCUUGAUGUAGAAUAGCCUUCACUAUUAGAACAGAGAGGCAUUGACAACCCAACCUACACAACAACGACAACAAACGCUCCCCACUCUCAAAUCCCCCUUCGAAUUCUCCACCCACCCUAUUUCUCUUCUCGUUUCCUUCACUACUCCUCUCUCCCUCGCUCUCCCAGACCCAACAUCAUGUGAUGAAACUCACCGAGAAAAACUCCCUACAACUACUACUUCGUUGAUCCUCCUCUCGUUACGAACAACAACAACCACCAUCACCGCUGCCGCCGCCAUCAUCGCCAAUACAACAACAACCACAACGGCAACGACGACGACAGCAGCGACAAGGACGGUAACGUCGACGACAGUUAAAACAAGAUGAGAGCAGGAGGCUGCACUGUGCAACAAGCGCUGACAGCAGAGGCAGCGAGCGUAGUGAAGCAAGCGGUGAACCUGGCCCGGCGUCGCGGGCACGCGCAGGUGACCCCACUCCACGUGGCCAGCACCAUGCUGUGCUCGUCGUCAGGCCUCCUCCGCGCCGCGUGCCUCCAGGCCCACUCCCACCCGCUCCAGUGCAAGGCCCUCGAGCUCUGCUUCAACGUCGCCCUCAACCGCCUCCCCGCCUCGUCCUCCGCAGUCCCGAUCCUCGCUCCCCCGCCCGGCCCGCUCCACCACCACCACCACCACCACCACCAUCACCACCACCUCCACCACCAACCCCCCUCCCUCUCCAACGCGCUGGUCGCCGCUUUCAAACGGGCCCAGGCCCACCAGCGCCGCGGCUCCAUCGAGAGCCAGCAGCAGCCGCUGCUCGCCGUCAAGAUCGAGCUCGAGCAGCUCAUCAUCUCCAUCCUCGACGACCCCAGCGUCAGCCGCGUCAUGCGGGAGGCCGGCUUCUCCAGCACGCAAGUCAAGACCAAUGUCGAGCAGGCCGUCUCAUUGGAAAUAGCCGCACCCAUCACCAGUACCCCCUGUAACCCUAACCCUAACCCUACCAAACCCAAGGAGGCCAUCGCCGGCCCCUUGGGCCAAUCUCAUCAGCUGGCCAAAGCCGCCAGGCAUUUGGACUCGGUUAGGGGCGAGGAUGUUGCGAGUAUUAUGGAGUGCCUAGUUAGCAGGCGGAAGAGGAGUAUUGUGGUUGUAGGGGAGUGCUUGGCCACCACCGAGGGAAUCGUCAGGGCGGUGAUGGAGAGAGUGAGCAAGGGAGAGGGGCCUGAGGGUUUACGCAAUCUACAGUUCCUACCCCUCUCGCUCCAGUCCUUCGGACGCAUGUCGAGAGACGAGGUGGAUCACAAGGUCGGAGAGCUAAGGACGUGCCGAGAGGCUGUGUUGGUGUUGGAGGAUCUUCAGUGGGCUGUGGAGUUUUGGGCUGGCUGCGUGGAGAGGCAGAGGAGCUAUUAUUGCCCUGUGGAGCAUGUGAUUAUGGAGAUUAGGAGCCUGGUUUGUGGUGGCUGCUUAGGAGGAGGCGACAGUAGUGGACUCAGCUUUUGGUUGAUCGGGUAUGCAACAUAUCAAACCUACAUGACAUGUAGGGUUGGACACCCUUCGCUGGAGACUCACUGGGGUCUUCACCCCCUCACUGUUCCUUCUGGUAGCUUGGGAUUGAGCCUAACCUGCGACAGUGAUUCACAAAUGCGAAUGAAAGCAAAACCGGGUGGAAGUGAGUCAUGCUGGUCAUUUUUAGAAGGUGGAGGCGAGAGUCAGGUAACUUGUGCCGAUUGUUCAACCAAGCUUGACACAAAUGCUCGAGGCCUACAGCAUGCUUCUUUCAGCAGCCGCAGCUCGAUUGCAUCGAACCUCCCUUCGUGGCUUCGGCAGUACAAAGAAGAUAACAGAAGUGCAAGCACCAAUGAUGAUCAGGGUUGUAUCCAACUAAAAGACCUUUGCAAGAAGUGGAACUCAAUAUGUAGUUCAUCCCAUGGAAACCAACACCAUACAUCAGAAAUGACUCUAAAUUUUUCUUCAGUAUCUCCAUGUUCUUCCUUAUCUUCUUACGAUAAGUGCAACCCUAGCCUCCACCAGCUCCGUCAACCUUGUCCACUCCAACUAGAGGCCGAGCACCCGUGGAGGGAACAUCGCAAAUGGCUCUCAGAGACUACCAAUGAAGGGCUUGAACCCAUGUCAAGAGUCUCUUUGGAGUGUGCAAACCCUAGGCAGAACCUUAGCUCCGGUUCCUCAGAUGGCACGAUGGAGGUGGAAUGUCAUUCUAAGUUUAAGGAGCUAAGUGCAGAGAAUCUAAAGACACUUUGCAAUGCAUUGGAGAGAUGUGCCCCAUGGCAGAAGGAGAUGAUCCCCGAUAUAGCAAGCACUAUCCUGCAGUGCCGAUCGGGGAUGCGGAGAAGGAAAGAGAAGUCGAAGAUGACUAGGGUUAAGGAGGACACAUGGCUGUUUUUCCAAGGGAAUGACAUUGAUGGCAAAGACAAGAUAGCUAGGGAACUUGCUAGCCUUGUCUUUGGCUCUCACAAUAGUUAUAUCUCAAUUGCACUGAGCACCUUCUCAUCAACUCGAUCUGAUUCUACCGAUGAUCUCGGAAACAAGAGGCCACGAUCGGAAAAAAGUCAUAGCUAUCUUGAGAAGCUCUUUGAAGCUAUAUGCGACAAUCCACAUCGUGUGAUCAUGAUGGAAGACAUCGAGCAGUUAGAUAGCUAUUCUCAGGUUGGUAUCAAGAAUGCGAUCGAGAGCGGUAGUUUACGGGGCUACAAUGAUGAUGAAGUCAGUAUUAGUGAUGCUAUUAUAAUUUUGAGUUGCGAGACCUUCGACUCGAGGUCUAGGGCUUGCUCUCCUCGAAUUAAACAGAAGAUGGAGAGUGAGGAAGAGAAGGAAGAAGUAGGUGAGAAGGAGACGGAUUCUAAAGGUUUUUGCUUGGAUUUGAACUACUGUGCUGAAGAUGACAUGGAGGAAUGUUUUUUUGAUGAUGUGUGCCUUCUAGAAGCCGUCGAUCGUGCGUUCUUCUUCCGAUCACCAGGGGAUUUGUAAUGUACGUCUUUGUUUCACUAGGAUUCUCGUUUAUGUUUUUGCAUUCUGAAUCUUGAUAUUCACCCUUUUUUUUUUUCCUUUUUGUGAAUUAUGAAACGAGGGCUAGGAGGGUUGUGUUCUUAAAUUAUGCAUGCUGGGAACACUUGUAUAUUGGUAGUCCUUUCGUGGAAUUGGUUUAUGACA